AUGUGGAUUAUCCAAGAAUUUGUCAUGGCAAGGAAAGGUUUCAUGACACUGGGACAAUCGGUUGUAGAUCACGAUCUCAGCACCCUUGCAAAGUUGAUUGAUAUAUCUGAAUCGCUUGGAUUUGGUGAAACGAACCGCAGGCGAGGGCCAGGGUACAGCGAUGAAGAGAAGUUGGCUGCAAAGAACACCUCGGAAACCUACGGCAAGAUAUACGCAUGGCGUCAGUUGAUGCAUGAAGACCGGAAACAAAUCAACUUCCUCACCGCCAUCCCUGUCACGAUGAGAUAUCAGAUGACCAAUCCGGUUGAUCGGUAUUAUGCUCUGUUGGGAAUCUGUGGGCAAGAUCGAUCGUCAGAUCCCAGACUUGCCGUCAGCUAUUCAGAGCCUGAAGCUGAUGUACAACGCCGCUUCACAAGGCACAUGAUUGAAGAAAGCUGCCGUGAUGCCGUGAUCCUGAUUGCAAAUUGUGGAGGGCAAAGGCCAGAAUUUUCGUCCUGGUGCCCAGACUGGAGCCGGGGCAACCACGCACCAGUGCCCGUGGCUGUUUCAAUGGAGGACGGAGCCCAUACUGCGCCUACAACGACCACAGAUUGCUGUCAACAUGAAUUUUUGUAUCAUGCGGGUGGCAGAUCUUUGCCAGACAUCAAGUUCAGCAACGAUGGGAAUUGCUUGAUACUCCGAGGUAGCCAGGUGGACGAAGUCGACAAUGGUGUGGGAACUCCGUUCAGCACGACAUGGAGGCUCGAGGCUGAACCAACACGCAAUCGGCUAUUGAAGGAUUGGCACGACGGGACACUUGAGGCCCUUCGCCGAUAUUUCGACAUCUCGAUCCUGUCUGGGAAGCCGUUUGGGAUCCGCCACCCGUGCAUUGCCGCAUACAAGGACGGUUUUGCUCGUGCAGUGACAGGUGCAACCCCAGAGCAGUGCAACUCGCCUGUCGUAUACGGAGCCCUGGGGUUCGAAUACGCCGUCCUCAAGGAGGGAGAGGAUGGCGGAAACUACUUCUCUCCUUCGCCGCUGAGACUCAACUUUUCAAUCUCGAGGGUAAAGUCAAGAAACUCGGUGGGAUGUAUCCGCCUCGCCUACCAUCAUGCAUGUGCAAGGUGGAGAAGUUGCUUUGGCGACAAAAGUCGAGGCUCGGGGAAAUAUUGUGAUGUAGGGUUCGGCUGCCUAGCGACAGCAUUCAUUCUUGACCCUGUGUAA